CCGAAUUUGGACAAAGCCGCUGAAUCAAAAUGUCCGUUCAUUCGUUUGAAGUUUUCUCCAAAAUUUUCUUCGAAGACCUAGCUCUACGCCUCACCGCUCCCUCCGGCAAUUGAACGAAGAAGAAGGUUUCUCUCCGGCGGUGUUAUUCCUCGAACUCCGACAGUACUUCCGGCGGUGGUUUCUCUCCAGUUGUUUUCUCUCGUCUCUCUCUCUAGCGAAUAGCGAUGGUGACCAUCAUUCCAUCGUUCUAGUGUUAUCCGGCGACCGACGGCACUCCCCAGUCUCUGCUGUGGUUAUCUAUCUCAUCUCUCUCUCUCUUUAUCCAGCGGUAGACUCCUUGCUCGUUCAGAUGGGUCCCUGAUUGUAACUUCCCAAUUUUAACACUUCCUGAGUUGAGCCUAUUAGGGGCAAGUUGAGUGCAUAAACCAUUAGUUCGCAAUGCUGUGUUGGUCCAACACAAAAGGAUGUUUUCAAUCGUCAAUUAUGCUCUUUCUGUUGCUCUGAAUAGAUGUUUAAUCUGCAACUGGAAGAUUGCUUGUUAAUGCCGAGUUUUGUUACAUUUGAGUAAUAUUGAAUAUUGUUUCUUCAUACUGUUCCUUGUUGAAAGUGUAAUGGGUAUGCCAUGACCCAUGAGAAAUAUUUGCUUCACUGGGAGAUGAGUGGACAUGAGUAGGUUGUCAUUCAGGCCUCGUCCUCUAGAUAUUCAUAAAAAGAUUCAGAUUGUUAAAUCUGUUAAAGACUUUGAAGAUGAGGAGGCGACAACUUCUACACGUAAUUCACAGUUACUUCGUUUUGCUGCAGAGGCUGAUAAUGAGGUACAACAAACUUCUAACAAGAAAAGUGCCCCUGAAAUACCGAUCCCACAGUUUGUUGUUGUGGAUACUUAUGAACGAGAUUAUUCCCGCACCUUCACUCAACCAACAUCUUAUUUGCGUGGAAGGGGAGCUCGGGCUGAGCUUGGAGAGUUUAUUGAGUAUGACCUAGACAAUGAGGAUGAGGAUUGGAUCCAAGAGUUCAACAACGAAAAGAAGAUUCUUCCACCUGAAAAGUUCGAGGCUCUUCUUUUCAAAUUGGAGGUUUUGGAUCACAAGGCCCGGGAAAGAGCAGGAAUCAUAAUGCCUACUCUUGGUUCACCUGUCCCUGUUCUUUUACAGUUGGAUUCUGCAGUUGAGGCAUUGCAGUCUCAUUCCGUAAAGUAUGCAGUACUGCAAUCUGUAUAUAACUACUGGAAGACAAAGCGAGAGCGGUGGCAAAAGCCUAUUCUACGCCGCUUGCAGCCACCUCCACCGGUUAAUGACACCAAUCCGUACAAUGUAUUUAGACCAAGGGAGAAAGCACACAGACUCCAUACAAGAAGGAUGCAAAGGAGAGAAAACAAUGUGCAGUCAUUUGAAAAACUUCGUCAGGUGAGGCGCAACUUGGACCAGGCGAAGACAGUGUUGGAGGCUUUGAUUAAGAGGGAAGAGAAGAAAAGAGAGGUCAUGGAAUGUGAAGUUAACCUUCAACGUAAUCAAAUGAAAUAUAAGCAUGAGACACAACUCAUUGAAGAUGGAUUGGCACUCCCUGGCUUCCCACCCAUCUCUUCUAGAAUUGGAUCAAGUGAGGAUGAUUUUAUUGACUCUGAUGACAUGGAAAAUAGUCGCCCUAGUAUUCGACCAGCUGCAGUAGGAAAUCUGUCCUUCAUGGACCCGAAGACAAUGUUGAUCCCAACAGGGCGGAUGAAACGAGAGUUGAGACGGCGGCAUCUGCCUCAUGGAUGGUUCCAUAGGAGGGAUCCUCUUGAGCCAGUUUUCUUGUUCACGAGACCUCUAGAUCCAGGAAAAUUGGCUGCUUCAGGCAUUGCACCACCAACUCCUCCAGUUGAUAAUGAGACAUCUAAACUGCGAUAUCGUUUUCAUGGAAGAAUUGGUCGUGGAGGCCGGAUAGUAUUUGACCGAUGGAACCCUCUCCUCAGAUCUCCAAGUAGCCAUGAUAACUCAUGUAUCCCACCAAAUCCCAGGCCCCUAUCACACAUGGUUGAGAAUUAGUUCUUCCCACUUUCCUUCAUGUUUCGCACAGGUGAAUCUGGACCUAGAAAAUCUCAAUGGAAAUGGAAUUUCUAUGUUUUGGGAUGUUACAAUGGGGCUGGCAUAAUAAAAGAACUUUGGAGGCCUGGCCCGGGUAUGUCUUUACAAGUGGUGGCAAGGCCACUUCCACGACCAAGCUUGUAGAAAUGAAUGUCUCUCGCUUGACAUGGCCUUUUCAGGCGAUGUGGGUAGUUUGAAAAGUAAGCGAGUCUGCCCGGACUUGCCCUAGCCCGUCAUUUGUACAAUUAUUGCCGUCUUGCUAAUACAACUCUGCUUCAUGUUUUAACAUUGUGGGACUCUCUCUCUCUCUCUCUCUCUCUCUCUCUCUCUCUCUCUCUCUCUCUCUCUCUAUAUAUAUAUAUAUAUGUGAGUGUGUAUGCGCACUUGCUAUCUCUC